GCCUGCUAACCCUUCGUCGCGCGUACUCUGCAGUCAGGGCAAGAUCCACUAGCAAUUCCGGCGAUUGCUGCAAAUCAGUGACAGAAACCCAAGAUGGCGACCGCUCAGAGAUCGCUUUCGACGAAGGAGGCCGAUAUACAAAUGAUGCUCGCGGCCGAAGUUCACCUCGGCACCAAAAACUGCAAUUUUCAAAUGGAGCGUUACGUUUUUAAGCGCAGAAAUGAUGGGAUUUACAUCAUCAAUCUUGGAAAGACCUGGGAAAAGCUCCAGAUGGCUGCCAGAGUUAUAGUUGCCAUCGAAAACCCUCAAGACAUCAUUGUUCAAUCUGCCAGACCAUAUGGUCAGAGGGCUGUGUUGAAGUUUGCCCAAUACACUGGUGCCCAUGCAAUUGCAGGACGUCACACACCAGGAACAUUCACUAACCAACUUCAAACUUCAUUCAGUGAGCCAAGGCUUCUCAUCCUCACUGACCCCAGAACAGAUCACCAGCCAAUUAAAGAAGCUGCUCUCUCCAACAUUCCCACAAUUGCUUUCUGUGACACCGAUUCUCCCAUGCGCUACGUUGACAUUGGUAUUCCUGCCAAUAACAAGGGGAAACACAGCAUCGGUUGCCUCUUCUGGCUCCUUGCUAGGAUGGUUCUGCAGAUGCGUGGUGUCAUUGCACCCGGACACAAAUGGGACAUCAUGGUCGAUUUGUUCUUCUACAGGGAGCCCGAGGAGGCUAAGGAGCAAGAAGAGGAGGAAGCUACUGCCAUUGCAGAUUACGGCGCUGAUUACUCUGCUGCCGCAAUUGGCGGUGAUUGGUCUAGCAGCCAGAUCCCCGAUGCCCAAUGGGCUCCCGACAUGACUCCUGGUGUAGUCCCACCUGUUGCUAGUAGCUGGACUGCCGAUGCAGGUGCUGGCGCUGUUGAUGGAUGGGACAUGGCUCCUGCACCACCGGCAAUGGCAGCUCCGGCCGAUGUUGUGCCACCCAGCGACGCCGCCCCGAUGGGAUGGGACUGAGUGAAUAGAAGAAUUAAGGUACACAAGAUAAGUUUGUCCUUGCCAUGAACCCAUCCUUAUUAAUUUCUAUGUUUUGUUAUCUUGGGAGGGAGAGAGACCUCGUUUGGAAGUUGAAAAAACUGAUGCUUUUUGUGCCUUUUUUAUUUUAUUUCGCUUGAAUUUUUGUAGCUAUUAUCAGAUCAGAGCAGAUUCUCUUUUAUAAGUUACAUGUAACGUUUUUCAUUCAAAAUGUUUUAAUCCUGGUCGGCUUUAAUUU